UCUUCCAAUCUUUAAAACUUCCUACGACCCAAACGCCUAGCAUCUACGUUCGAACCACAUCCACGUCAAGUCAUGGGUGGCCAACUCGGAUUUAUCGUCAAUCAGAUCACCUUCAAGCCGAAACCUCUUCCCGCUGAUAUUCGUUUCGACAACCAGACUGCUAUUGUUACUGGGUCUAAUGUCGGAAUAGGUUUAGAGAGCGCACGCCAGUUAACGUCUCAUGGAAUUUCUCAUCUUAUACUAGGAGUCCGAGACACUACCAAGGGCGACGCUGCACAGGCUGAUAUCCAAAAAUCCAAUCCAAAAUGCAACAUCAAAGUUUGGCAACUCGACCUUGAAUCAUUCGACAGCAUCGUUUCCUUUGCUGAUCGAGCUAAGUCUCUCGACCGCCUGGAUAUUGCGAUUAUGAACGCAGCGAUUAAGCAGUUGAAGUUCACUACUUCACCAUACGGCCACGAAAGCAACCUGCAAGUGAAUCAUCUCGGAACAGCUCUCCUCUCUCUCCUACUUCUCCCAACCCUUCGAAAAAGCUCAAAAAAGAACGGGAUUCCAUCACGGCUCACAUUCUCCUCAUCUGAAGUACACUUCUGGACCCCGUUCAAUGAAAAGUCCGCUCCCAAAAUCCUCGAGCGCAUGGACCGAAAAGAGUCUUUCACAAACGGUAUGGAAAGGUACUACACUUCAAAGCUUCUAAACGUAUUCUGGUUCCGCGAACUGGCAUCUAGGAUCGACGCUGCGGAAGUCAUCAUUAAUGGGACAAACCCGGGCUUUUGCGCCACCCAACUUCAUCGUCAUGAUCAUUCACAAGGAUUCAAAAUCCUCGCUAAGUUGCUCGCAUGGUCGUCUGAGCAAGGUGCAUACUUUCUUCUUGAUGCUGCUGUGACCAAGAAAGAUGAAUCGCAUGGGGCAUAUAUUCAAGAGCAGAAGAUCACUCCACCAUCGAAAUUCGUGUUAUCUUCUCAAGGGAAAGCAGUUCAGAAGAAACUAUGGGCAGAAACAAUCGAGGUCCUGAAGAAAGAGUGUCCAAAUGUCAUGUUCGAUAACGUUACGAAUUCUUAGAAUCCCAGGUGGGGACAUAUAAUACAUGGGAUAUGUAAUUGAAGACUUAACGCCUCUUUCGGUAUAAUGGAC